GCAUUUACUACGCGAAUUUGUGCGAAACGUAGGACCGUAGGUGUCAUAAAUUUUACAGCAUUGGCGACGUGUGUCGUAUUGUUACCAUGUUCCUGAGAAGCAAGUGGAAUCGUUAGAAAUGUCAACGUUCCUAUAAAGUUCUAGCCGUGUCGUCGAACCGCUCAACAGAAAUAUGACUCCCUCAUAAAGCAGCUGACGGUGUUGACAUGUUGCCUUUAUAACGAUGGUAGUGUGGCGUUACGAUAUCUGUGGCUUGCUUUGCGUUUGCUCCACUUAUGGAUCGAUUAUUUAUGCCGAUUAUGCCAUCGUCGAGUGGAUGGUCAUUCCGACGAUGUACACAAGUCUCUGGGGGGCAUUUAAUGUGGUCUGCUUCAACAUCAUCGUGUUCCUGACACUGAUGGCGCAUACCAGAGCGGUGUUUUCGGACCCUGGAACAGUGCCGCUACCUCAGACGAACCUAGAUUUUUCGGAUGCGCUGAGGGCUAACAAGCCUACAGAUGACAAGGGUGACUGGACGAUAUGCUCUCGCUGUGAAACAUACAGGCCGCCACGCGCGCAUCACUGCAGAAUAUGCCAACGAUGCAUUCGCAGGAUGGAUCACCAUUGUCCCUGGAUCAACAACUGUGUUGGAGAACAGAACCAGAAGUAUUUUAUUCAGUUCCUCCUCUAUGUCGGUCUGGGGUGCCUGUACAUAAUUGUGUUGGUGGCUGUGUCAUGGAACCUGGAAUGUGCAAACUGUGUUCAUAGCCCGGCUUACAAGCAAAACCGUGUGAUCCAUUCCGUCUGCCUCCUGGUGGAAAGCAUUCUUUUUGGAAUAUUUGUCAUUGCAAUCAUGUGUGACCAGUUCCAGGCAAUUCUGUCUGAUGAAACAGCUGUUGAGCAGAUACAGAAGAAAGGACCUUUCCGUGCAAGAAAGCCAAAAAUGGCUCUCAUGAGUGAAGUUUGCGGCCGUGGGUCCCCCUUCCUGUGGCUGUUUCCUUGCGAUUCUGCACCCAGGAAUCUCGACGUCAUGUCAUAUGAUGUGUGAUGCUUUCUCUGUGUGGAGUAUCCCGGUGACGUGCUGUUAUUUAUGUGCA